AUGGAUGCAUGGUACUCGGAGUUUAUUCAUGCGAAUUUGAAUACUCCACCUCCCUCAAUUCCUCAACCCAUUCAUAUAGCUCCUCAAGGAGAAAAAAUGGUUAGAAGAGAGAAACCUCCAAUGGAUAGAAUUAAAAAGCAUGGGGCCGAGGAAUUUCGGGAAAACAUUGAUGAAAUUCUAGAGAGAGUAGAGUUUUGGUCGGAGAACACCAGUAGGGUCUUUGAUGAGCUAUCAUGCACACUUGAGGAGUGCAUGAAGUGUGUAGUGUUACUUUUUGGAGAUUCAGCCUUCCAAUGGUGGAAUACUCUCGUGUCGGUCAUAUCAAGGGAGCGGAUAAUGUGGGAAUUCUUUCAGGAAGAGUUCCAAAAGAAGUACAUUAGCCAAAGUUUCAUCGAACAAAAAAGGAAAGAAUUCCUCGAACUGAAGCAAGGUCGUAUGACAGUGACGGAGUGA